AUGGGUCAAGCCCUAGUAGUCUUCAUCUUUCUCAGCAUCCUCAGCUCAUUUCCCAUGGCCACCAAUGGUCUAACCAUCAAGCUCAUGAGGAGAGACCAAGUCGACUUGAACCUCGUCCCUGAGAACCUGUCCAUCGCAGAAAAACACCAAAUAUAUGCUGACCUUGCACAUUCUCGAGCUCUCCGUUUCAGCGAGCAGGCGGUCAUGUUGAAUUUUAUGAAGUCCGUUAAUCCAUUUUUAAACCGAAGCAUGGGAGAUCGCAUAUGGAAUGAUACCAUAAGUCCAAAGCUAUCACAACUGUUAGAUUCGAUGUUUGUUGUCCCAUUUACAAUUGGAUCACAACGUUAUAGCACCUACCUGCUCUUCGACACGGGGAGCCCCUUCACUUGGGUACAAUGCCAUGGAUGCUUGAAUUGUUUCAAGAUACGAGGAGGACCAUUUGACCCUAGGCGCUCCACUACCUACCGUACCUUGCCCUUCGACAGUCCUCUUUGCCAAAAACAGCUUCGUAUCCGAGAUUCUUGCGGCUUCCGUAUUUCCUACCCGACAUCCAGUGUGGAGGGAAUCACUUCCCUGGAGAAUGUUCUUUUCACGACUACAGCGGGUCCUCCCAUGACUGUUCCAAACUUGGUGCUCGGGUGCGCUACUUCUGCACCAGGGGUCACAUUUGGGAACAACGACGGGCCGCACAAUCCAAUCUCUGGGAUUUUCGGCAUAGCCAUGGGUCUGUUCCGAGACUCCUUCAUGGUUAUCACUCAGUACAUAACCAAAUGGAAGUUCUCCUACUGCCUUCCCUCGUGGAAUGCAGGGCACAUACAAUCGAAUCUCCUCUUUGGGGACGAUGUGAAACCUCUUCCUCGAUCAGCGCAAACCACCCCACUUCAGACGGUGCAAUACUAUUUAAACUGCUACGACAUCAGUGUGGCAGGGAAGCGACUAAAUCUAGACCGAGCGCUGUUCCGAGUGCGACCUGAUGGGACUGGCGGGUUCAUUAUGGACACCGGCACAGCACCAACUUGUCUAGUUGCUCCAGCUUACGAUAAAGUAAAAGAAGCAAUUGUUCUCAGCCUUGGGAGGCACAUGAGGCCGGGGACUCCAGUGAGACCCUACGACCUCUGUUACUCGUGGCCACUUCCGCGGAUACCCCAACUACCUUCACUGACAUUCCAUUUCCAGAAUGCGGACCUCGAGAUUGAUUUUUGGAACGUGUUUCAGACUGUUCAAGUCUCCAGGGGUAGGAAAUCUGUCUGUAUGAUUAUGCAUCGGGCUGAUAUCCGGGCCCCCAACCUCCUAGGGGCAGUUCAACAGGCGAAUUAUCGAUUUGUUCACAACCUUAGAGACCAGACUUUGAGCUUCUAUCCGGAAACUUGUAGAGGAAACUAG